CUCUGGCGUCGACACGACGCUACAACGCAUCUCCGCAGUCGUCAAAUCGUCGUUUCCUCAGGCAGUUGCAGCUGUUGUACAACAUCACCAUCACCAUCGCCACCGCCACCACUACGCGCUACCGACUCAUCCGUCAAGUACAAGGAGGAAAAAUGCGGAUUCCGCGGCGAAACGGCCGGAUCGGUUGUGAUAGAGUGGUGGCGCCGGUUCCGGCGGUACAAUGCGCGCUGCCAGCACCGGCGGCGGUCUCAUCCGUCUCGUCGUCAUUUGGCCGAUGGUGCUCGCAGCGCUGGUCAUGACCGCAACCGGCGCCUCGCCAACGUCCGCGGCGGUGUACGCCGCUACGGCCACCGUCACGGCCGCCACGGCCACGGUCACCGCGGUCGCAGCGACCCGCCGGACCGGGCCGCAGUCCCCGUCCCCGUCCCCGUCGUCGUCAAAGUCAUCAACACCACCGCCGCCGCCGUCGCCGGCCGCUGACAACGCGACGGCCGGCACCGCGGCCUGCGAAUUGGUGCGCGUGUCGCUCCGGGAGCCGGCGUGCACCGGGCAGAUAAGCGAGGGCCCGGGCCCGCCGCGGUGUCCCGCGGCCAUCCCGUGCGCCCGACGUGCCGAUAACGAUAAUAAUAAUUAUAAUAAUAAUAAUGAUAAAAAGUAUAAUAAUGUUAAUUACGAUUACAAUAAUAAUAACGAUAACGAUAGUAUUAAUAAUUAUAAUAACGAUAACGAUAACGAUAACGAUAAUAAUAAUAAUAAUAAUAGUAGUAGUAGUAAUCAUCAGUGCCUUGAAUACGCCCGUCGGCAGCUCAUACCCGCCAUGUGCCCGGACGACCCGGGCGCGUAUCGCCGGCCCGGCCGUCUGUCCCGGUACCGGCUCCGGCACUGUUGCCACCACACCGUCGAGUCGGUCGUACAGCAGCCAUACGCGGACAAGGAGUCGUGCGUCGACCAGGUGAACAAGGCACUCGAUAUGGACGACAUCGCGGCCGCCAUGUCGUGUCAGUUCAACGAGGUGUUGGCCAGGUACGACUGCAAGCAAAAGUACUCCGCCAAGUCAUGCGAUUCGUGCAAGGACGCUUACGCUCUCUGGGCGUGUGCCGCGGUCCUGCCUCACUGGACCCGGACGACGGCGAAACAGGGACGCCGCGGCCGUUACAGGGUGAACGCUUGCCGGUCCGUGUGUCUGGAGGCCGAACAAAAGUGUCCGUGGCUACUUCCGGUAGCCGAUGACGCCAACCCGUACGCCGGCGAGGCAUCGUUCACUUGUAUAGAUCCGGACAUAUGGUUCCAGACGUCUGCGACGGACGUAACCGAACAAUGCUGCUACGAGCACUGUGCGGAUGGUCUAUGCGUACGGAACGAAACGCUGUGCAACGGUGGCAGUGGUGGUGCCGCGGACUUUCAGAGACCGGUGUGCGUGGAAAACGUUCCUCUGGCGGUCGAGCAGUCUCUGUGCACCGAUUAUAGUCUGACUGACACGUCUUCAAGCAGUGGUCGGCCGGACCUGCCACUGCAGCUCCUGUUAUGGGCGGCAUCGGGGCUGGCAUUGGUAGCGGUGGCGGCCGUCACGUAAUAGCUGACUAGACGAUGACGACGAAGACGACAGAUGACGAGAAAAACGGAGAUACAAAACAAAAAACACGAUUUCCGAAAAAUUAUAAAUCUAUUAUUAUUAUUAUUAUUAUUAUACAUUAUUGUUGUUAUUAUUAUAAUGUCACUUGUGAACGGGCGAGGUUUUAUCUCAAAAAAAAAAAAAAAAGCGAAACCAAAAAAUAAUAAUAAUUAUUAUAGUAUGAAAAAAAAUAAUGAAAAUAACGACGGACCGCCCGUCCGAUGAACGCGGACGCAACGGGCACGAGCAGUACUUUUAAUGGCUCGUCAUCGUUGCUUGAGGGCGGCCGGUGAACCGGAGGGAGCUUGACACCUCUCUGACAGGGUCCUCGUUCCUGAUAAGACUAUUAUUAAAAUACUUAUACAAUACAUUAUAUUGUUAUAAAAAUGCACACACUCUCACACACACACAAACAUAUACACUCACAAGAGGCGUAAUUAGAGAAGGUGGCUGGGGGUGGAUUUGUCACCUCUCCCAACAAAUAAUUUAAACCUCAGCAUCCAUUGAAAUCAUUGAAAAAUGUUACACAGGCUAUCAAAAAAUUGUUAAAAACAUAUGAUAUACGUUUUAACCUCAUUGCCGUGAGAUCAGUUGUUUCGUUACUACAGCUGUAUCACAUUCAUACACACCAGUGACAUAUCUCUGGGGAGGAAGUGAGUAGUACAUAUUUGUCACUCCUCCAAAAUAAUUCAACUCUCAGUGUCCGUUAAAAUUAUUGAAAAAAAAAAAUAUAUAUAUUAUGAAGACUAUCGAAAGUAGUAAAAUGUAUUAUAUUAUAAACGUUUUACCAUACUAGCCGAGUUAAUUGUCUGAUUACGCCCAUUUCACACGUACACACACCACACACACACACACACACUACACCACACACACACACUUACAAACACAUAUACAACGAUCGUUGGCGCCGCAGGUUUUUUCAGACCGGGACCAAUAAAAUAUUGUUACAAUAUAUAAACGAACGACGAACGCGCGUAAUGAUUAUACUGACGGAUAUAUGUUAAUAUAAUAAUUAUUAAAACAACGCGUGAAGCGUAGCGUAUUGAUAUAUUAUUAUAACAAUUUCAACGCAGAUAUAAUUUAAGUAAAUACUAUUGUAUUAUUGUAGUGCUAAGAACGUUAUAACGUAGAUACCUACGCGUUACCGCUAUUAUACUAUUAGGUCGUAAUGAGUUGUACGACUCAAUGUCCGAAUAAAUUGUAUAGAGUGAGAAACGGAUUCACGCAUUUGUUUUUUUAACGUUCUGUUUUCUUGUUUUUUUUUUUUUUUUUUAUUAUUAUUAAUUUCAAUAUCUAACGAAAAAUCUGAACAGCGCAUAAGAAAAAUCUAAUAGUCACGUAACGACGAUCGAUUACAAUAAUUAUUAGUUAUAAAUGUUAUUAUUUAAGUUUAUUAAUUGAUAUCGCCGGAAACACGGAUCGUUUUCAUCAUAAUAUUAAAUGCACCCAUUACACUAAUAAUUGGCGUGAUUUUCAUCUUCACCUGUUUAAUGCACGCCAUCUGUCAAGUGUGCUGUUUUAAGACAUUCUAACGAUAUAUUGCGCUUGACUUACAUGAACGAUUUCUUAAAACGAUCCAAUUCCAAGAAAUAAUCAGUAAUUAUUUGGGGAUAUUUUGUAUCCACCACAUUAGAAUUUAAAUUUUUCCAAAAUAAAAUAAACUUAAAUAUUUGUAAUAAGUAAAAAUUUUCUUGUGUUCAUUUCCAUAAUUUUGCAAAAUCAUAAUAUGUAUUUAUCUUCUACAAGUUAUAAAACGAAUUAAAUCUCCUCAAAGCGAUAGGCACCUGUCACAAAGUUUUUUUUAAAUUAUUUUUUUCUAGUAAGUGAUAUAGGUUGUAUUUUUUACUUUUUAAGUAACAUAAUAAUUGAACGUAUGUAUAAAAAUGAAUGUCAUUAAAUAGUAGGUAUGUCCCGUGUUAUAUAGAUUUGUACGGGUGAUCUUUAGCAUAUUGUGAUUAUUAGCUUCUAUGGUUUUAAGUUUUUUGUUAAUUUAAUAUGUUCAAUAAAUUUGUUUUAUUAAUGUUUUAGAACUGCUGAAGAUAAAUUAGUUAAAUUUUGUUUAAGACAAUAAUAUUAUUGUUGUUUUCGUUUACACAUAGAAAAUACUUACGAAUAGGACCUUAAAAAAAAAAAAAAUACAAAAAUGUUCUUGGGCCUGAAAAUCGGAAAGUGUUAAAAA